UUAUGCUUAAUAAUCGUGCAAGUUAGUGUGUGUUGUGCAAAAUGCAUCGCGUGCGCUAUGUUCAUCAAUAGUAUAGUGCAUUCGGUGUUCCGUAUCAUCAUGUGCUUAGACGGUUUGAGUUAACUUUGGAUCGACUGCUAUCUAAUAUGUAUUUUUAUAUUAUUAUCUAUUAUACAUUUCAAUAAUAUUUAUUGAUGUUUUUAAAGUUUUAAACGUAUCGUGUGUGAAAUGUGAAUCCUGCUUGUGAAGUAAAAAAUUCGGAUUAUAUUAUAGUGAACGCGUAGUUUGUUUUUAACAUCACUAACAAUAUUUAUCACUUCGUUCGAUCAGUAUACAAAUACACACACUCAAUAGAAUAAAUGCCCAGCUAUUUUCAAGAUACAUUUGUUGCAAUCCGGGACUGAUCGGGAUUGAACUCGUUGAGAUUCAGUUGACGCCGCUUAUAAGAUUCACGAAUAUAAGGACCAGACGCUUAUUGAACUCAACAUCGUCUGGAACGGACCCGGACAUAUCCAAAUAGUCGAGCACCGUUAAAUUCCAAUUGUGAUACUCAAUCUUCUGAUCAAAAUAUAAUUUUUCAACAAAUUGAUGUUUAGCGAUUCAUUCAAAUUUGAUUCAUACUACCUGUGGAUUCACUUUAAACUAUUAUGACUGCCAACUUGAAGAAAUUGAUCUGAAUAUAAUGGAUAUGGAUAAAUCUAUCGGCGAAAAGGGAAAUAAUCGAGAAGUUAAAACUUUAUUCAUGAGAAAUUAGUUCAAAUCAUACAUUAAGAUACUAUGACAAAAUCUGAUAAUCAUGGUUAAAUAAACAUAAAAUAUGUCGUCAAUGUUGCUGCGCAACGUCACGAUCAUAUAUUUUGUUUCGGGCGUGAUUCAAAUUAUUAAAGACAAGCAUACGCCAAAAUUAAUGGGAUAAGACCCAUCGUUUUUACAUUAUUUUCGGUGAUAUCAACGAGAUGCGUAAUACGGCCAAAAAUCGUAAAUCUUAACAUAAAUGUUUUUUCUCCAUGGAUAAAACCAUGCCGAGCGUCAACGACAACGCAGUGUCGGAGACCUAAAGAAAGGGGGCGCUGGUGACGGUUACGAACAAGUGUUUGUGUGUGCGUGUGCCGGCGUCGGUACCUAUCAUAUCAAAACCCAUAGCGUUCGUCAGUUUUUCGGCGGCUAUCCACUGUCCUGUGUCCAGUAUUUAGAGGCGUCACUGCGUUCGAGACGAAAAACUACUAACACCAUUGCAACAACGAUGAAUGAAAAUGAUUAUAGAGCUAUGCUGAUGAAUUUUCGGGUUAGUGACUUGCAAAAACUAUUAAAACCUUUUGGUAAAAACUUAACUGGUCGAAGAUUUGAUUUACAAUAUGUAGCACUUGAUAUGUUAAAUUCUAAACCAAUUGACCUUAACUAUGGAGCAUUUCUUAUAAGAAUACUUGAAAUUCAUAAUGAUCAGAUGAGUAAUUCUAUGCGAUCUCAACAAAAACGGUUUAUGUAUAUGAAUCAUAAUACACGGGUACCACAACAAAGAAUGCAAACAUAUAUAAACCCUAUUGAAGCAAAGUAUAUUUCUGGAAAUGCUAUGGCUAUUAAUAAUAUUCAGCCUGUACCUAGUAAUUAUCAGCCAAUUAGACAUAAAAAUGUAGUAUCAUCCCAAUUCCUCCCAAAUCAACAUAAUUAUAUGUCUAAUAUGAAGACACAAAAUUCAGUGAGAUUUUAUUUGAAGACAAUGAAUAGUCAAAAUACUCCUGUAACACUAACUCCUGAAAUUGUAGUUCAAUAUAAGUUCAAAAAACUACCAUUUUAUGAAGUUCAAGAGGAUAUUAUUAAGCCAACUCUUCUAAUUGAAUCAGAAAAAUGUUCAUUAGCAACAGCUUCUAAAGGUACUAGUGAAUUUAAGUUGGUCCAUACUAUGUCACUCGAACAAGCAUCGCUUAUUGCAAUGAAUAGAGAUAUUUCACAUGGAAAAAAUAAGUAUCUUUAUCAAUAUCAGAUUCGAUUUUGUCGGCUAGAAUUUGGGCGUAGUGAAGUAACUGAUUUUUUGCCUUUGGGACUUCAUAUUCGAAUUGGAGAGAAAAUAUGUACAUUGCCUCCUAUUGCUUCGACACAACAGAUAUUUGAAACACCUAGACGAAUUGCAGGCCCUAUCGAUUGCACGCAAAUACUAAAACUUAAUCCAAAUCUUGCAAACCAUAUCACUUUAAAUUGGCUUCCGGAUGGAAAAGCUUACGCUGUGGCAGUGUUUCUUGUUAAAAAGUUAAGUCCGGAUGAUUUAGUAAAAAAACUUCUAGAAAAAGAAUCAAAGAGUUCAGAAGAGACAAGAAAUUAUAUUAUUAAAAAAUUAGAAAAUGUUGAUCCAGAUUUAACAACUACAUCUUAUCAUUUUUCCUUACUUUGUCCAUUGAGUAAAUCUAGGAUGACUUUACCUGCAAAAUCUAUCCAAUGUGAUCAUUUGCAGUGUUUUGAUGCAGAAACAUUCAUUUCAAUGAACGAGAAAAAACCAACAUGGACAUGCCCAACAUGUAAUAAACCUAUUUUAUAUGAGGACAUAUCAAUAGAAAAUUAUAUUUUGGAAAUUAUUAAGAGUCCUUUACUUCAAGUUAACGAUGAGGAAAUUGAAUUUUUGGCUGAUGGUUCAUGGAUUAUAUGUAAAGAAAAAAAUAAUAAAUAUAUCAAAAACACCAAAAGUACUCUUGAUACAGCAAAAUCUACUGUUUUUAUCGAUGUAGAUGACAGUGGUGAUGAAAUAGCUACUGAGCCAAAAAUAGAUCUUAGACCAGAAGAUUCAGGAAAGCAAGAAUCUAUUGAUUAUAUCAAUGUAGAUGACAGUGGUGAUGAAAUAGCUACUGAGCCAAAAAUAGAUCUUAGACCAGAAGAUUCAGGAAAGCAAGAAUCUAUUGAUUAUAUCAAUGUAGAUGACAGUGACGAUGAAAUAGCUACUGAAUCAAAAAAAGGACUUAGACCAGAAGAUUCAGGAAAGCAAGAAUCUAUUGAUUAUAUCAAUGUAGAUGACAGUGAUGAUGAAAUAGCUACUGAAUCAAAAAAAGGACUUAGACCAGAAGAUUCAGGAAAUCAAAAAUCUAUUGAUUAUAUCAAUGUAGAUGACAGUGACGAUGAAAUAGCUACUGAAUCAAAAAAAGGACUUAGACCAAAAGAUUCAGGAAAUCAAAAAUCUAUUGAUUAUAUCAAUGUAGAUGACAGUGACGAUGAAAUAGCUACUGAAUCAAAAAAAGGACUUAGACCAGAAGAUUCAGGAAAUCAAAAAUCUAUUGAUUAUAUCAAUGUAGAUGACAGUGACGAUGAAAUAGCUACUGAAUCAAAAAAAGGACUUAGACCAAAAGAUUCAGGAAAUCAAAAAUCUAUUGAUUAUAUCAAUGUAGAUGACAGUGACGAUGAAAUAGCUACUGAAUCAAAAAAAGGACUUAGACCAGAAGAUUCAGGAAAUCAAAAAUCUAUUGAUUAUAUCAAUGUAGAUGACAGUGACGAUGAAAUAGCUACUGAAUCAAAAAAAGGACUUAGACCAGAAGAUUCAGGAAAUCAAAAAUCUAUUGAUUAUAUCAAUGUAGAUGACAGUGGCGAUGAAAUAGCUACUGAGCCAAAAAUAGAUCAUAGACCAAAAGAUUAUUUAAUGCAAGAAAUUAUGGAUUAUAUCAAUGUAGAUGACAGUGACAAUGAAACAGCUACUGAGCUAACAAAAGAAUUUAGGCCAGAAAGUUCAGAAAAGCAAGAAUCUAAAAACCUAAAACCAUAUCUCAUUGAUUUGACAAUAAAUGAGGAUGAAGAACCAUCAAAACAUGAAGAUAAAUUGGAGAACGAGAGUCAGGCAGCUGAUGUUGAACAGCCAGUUACUCAACUUGUAUUACAACCGAAAAAAACACCUAUUAAAUACAAAAUAAUUCAAUUAGGCUCAUAGUCCUCUCCUUCAAGUCCUACAACUACAACUAAUUUCUUAAAAUGUUUUAUUAUUUUUAUUAUUAUUGUAAUUGAUACUUUUAUGAGAUUCACAGACAUUUUAAGUGAUGACAUGGAUCUAUAUUUCAUUACUAAAUACAAAUAUUUAAUUUAAAACAAAUAUUAAUACUCUUUUUAUUUGUCAUAAUAUCUCUUUUGUUAAGAACACUGUUAGUAUUUUAUACAAUAAUUGCCCAUCCUUACUAAUAACAUUAAAUUCUUUAUAUUUAUUAA